GGGGAGGAGGUUUCCACUGUUUUUCUGUGCCAUGGGGAGAGGAGAGCACUGGCAGCAGAAUCAUGUCUGCCUCCGACUCGAGUGCUACAGGACUGAUCAACAAGGGUUCAGCCGAUUCCUACGCUAGUCGACCCUCUGAUUCCGACCUGUCCCUGGAGGAAGACCAGGAGGCGUCUCGGCGUGAAGCCGAGCGCCAGGCUCAGCUUCAGCUGGAAAGAGCCAAGUCCAAGCCGGUAGCAUUUGCAGUGAAAACCAAUGUGAGUUACUGUGGGGCCCUUGAUGAAGAUUGUCCAGUCCAAGGUGCUGCUAUCAACUUUGAAACCAAAGACUUUCUGCACAUAAAAGAGAAAUAUAACAAUGACUGGUGGAUUGGUCGGCUUGUGAAAGAAGGGGCAGACAUUACAUUUAUCCCGAGCCCAGUGAAACUGGAGGCCAUGAGGAUAAAACAAGAACAAAAAGCAGCUGCCAGGAAAGGAGGGAACGCAUCAUCGGGAGGCUGGAGGUCCACCCCUCCAUCUGCAGCCAAGCAGAAGCAGAAACAGACGGAACAUGUUCCUCCCUAUGACGUGGUUCCCUCCAUGAGGCCCGUGGUGCUGGUGGGCCCUUCACUGAAAGGCUACGAAGUGACUGACAUGAUGCAGAAAGCCUUGUUUGACUUCCUAAAGCACAGAUUUGUCGACAGGAUCACUAUUACACGGGUGACCGCUGAUCUGUCCCUGGCAAAGCGCUCGGUGCUGAACAAGAAGGCCAUAAUGGAGAGAUCCAACACUCGCUCUAGCCUGGCUGAAGUCCAGAGUGAGAUAGAGAGGAUCUUUGAGUUGGCAAAGUCUCUUCAGCUGGUCGUCCUGGAUGCAGAUACCAUCAACCAUCCAGCCCAGCUCCUCAAAACAUCUCUGGCUCCCAUCAUCAUCUAUGUUAAAGUGUCAUCACCCAAAGUUCUUCAGAGGCUGAUAAAGUCUCGAGGGAAGUCCCAAAGCAAGCACCUCAAUGUCCAGAUGAUGGCCGGGGACAAGCUGGCUCAGUGUCCUCCUGAGAUGUUUGACGUAAUCCUGGAUGAGAAUCAGCUGGAAGAAGCCUGCGACCACCUCGCGGAGUACCUGGAAAUUUACUGGCGAGCUACACAUCUCCCUUGUUCUGCCCUAGUUAAUCCCUUGCAGGACCAAAAUAUGGUCACCCCACCUUCAGCCAACUCCAGCCAGCAGUUUUCAGAGACUCAAGAGUUGAUAGAAUGAUUCCAGCCUCGGAUGCAGGAGCAGCCUGUGCUGUCGGCUGGGGUCAGAACAGUCAGGACAUGGAGAACAGGGACCACCAGGGGGCAGCAGCGUCCCUCCUCUCAUCAAAGCCAGCCAUCACCUUCUCCACAUGUGGAGCAGAGAGAAGAGCUGGGUCCAUGCAAAGGGUGAAAGAGCAGAAGUGUGGUGAGCUGGGAUAGGAGGAGAAAUAUUCCACAUCGGGAGGAAGAUGCACCCAACUGCAGCCUCACUGCUGCCCCAGGGGCCAGACAUCCCUGCUCCCAACGUCAACUGAUAACUCAGGGCCACUUUCUGCCGCUGCAAAAACACCGGUUUACAGAAACCGGGGAAACAGCGCAGUCACUGUUCAACUCCUUACCAACAACCCUCCCAUGUAAUACUUUCUCCAAUCCAGACGGGUGAAAAGAAACAAAAAAUCCUAAUAUCCAUGAAAGAUGAGCCAGCCCAUGAGUGUCUGUAGCUGUCUGAAGCACACAAAGGCUGAUUCAUCUCUCACUGGAGAUGCAUCACACAUCUAAGGGGCUGAGGUAUAUUAGUCCAUGAUACCACUGGCACAGAAAAGCUGUUAGCACAUCACCAGGUUUCCAGUGCAGGGCUCUUAAGGUUUAAUGUCUGAUUCACCUUGCUUCCUUGCGGGUGCAAGGAGUGACAGAAAAUCUAUUAUGUAUGUCUUCCAUGUCCGCAGCUUUAAAUGAGCUGCCAUUUUAAAUGUUUAACUGAAAUGCUUCCUUAAAAGUACAUUUGCUCCUGUCAGUCAUAGCAGUAUCACUUUUGCAUGGAAACACAUGGGAAAAAUUGCAAUUUUGUCUUUCUUUAUCCUCUUACUUUCCACUCCUGGUUAAUUCAGUAUUCUUCUUUUUGUCUGCUCUUGUACUAAAACAGUUUAUACAACUAUCUGUUUCUCAUAUAUUUGCUCUCAGUGUACCAAAUGCAUAUCUUUACAUGUAGCUUUUAUGCAAAUAAUGUAUAACAAACACUGACAGCACACAUUUUCUACGUCUUUGCCACUGCUGGCGAAUGUAAGUAAAAUCUGGUGUGUGAGGAAAGAGUCCUUAUGGUAAAAUGUGCAGACAGUUGAAGUCCAGCCCUGGGAUCGUAGCUUUUUUCUUUAACUAAUAAAACCAGAUGUAAAUCGGUCACAUUUAGUUUUGAAUCUAAAAUAAAUGUAUCCACUGAUCUUAGUCACAUAUUAAAUGGUCUUACGAUGCGUGGGAAGCUGUAGCCAGCCGUGGUUCUGGAUGCAAAAUGGCUCAUCCCCCCUGAGUAGCGUCUGUCAUUUCUGAUUUCCACUGGCUGAAGCCCAACAUGUUACCAACACAUUUAUUCAUAUUUAUUAAGUAUUUUAGGUAAUUUUAUUCACAGAAUUAUAUUAAGUUAUUGAUUAAGUUUGUAAAUUUCUCAUAUUUUGGCAUGAACUAAACCUAAGACACACGUCCAAAAGAGAGAUACACAGAAUCAAGUUCUUGUAAAUUUAACCAGUACUGAUGAAAAUGUAAUUUGUUGCUGAUAUUAAGCUUUAAGAUUUGAGCAGAAAUGAAUGAUCUUGUUUUGAUAAUGAUGAUCAUGCAGUCUUGUAUUAAUUUAGUAGGAAUAAAAUCAAAUCUGAUUGUGACAAGACAUUUAUAGGAUUUAGGACUGAACAGCGAAGAUCUGCAAGGAAAACAGUCAUCCAUGCCUAUUAGAAAGUCAAUAUUUUCAGUCAGGAUGUUUUUGUCCCUGAUGCCAAUCUGAGUCUUUGAUGAAGAACCUGUAGCCGAUACCUACUGAGCUCCAAACUUUGGUCAUGUCUUCAUUCUUUAGUUGACAGCAACAGACACUUUGUCGCAACUUGUGUGUGUCUAGUUCAGCUUUGCACUUUUGACGACUUAAAACACACAGCUACAGUCUUCAUCAAAUUCAUUCUGCUGCUGCUGACGAUAUUUUUAUGCACAGCGAUUGCACUGAAGACCAUUGCUGUCGUCCUCACUGCUUGUUUCAGCCUCUGUGCCACAUUACUAAGCAUUUUGGCUCAUAGGUCAUCAAAGUCGUUCUAUGGCUCAGACAUACGAAGCAAAACUGCUUGCAACACAGGCAUAUUCCUCAAAUACAAAAUCUAUCUAACUGAAUAAAAAUGCUUCAAAAUCCAUGUCUAGACCAGUUUAGAGUCAGCAUAGUGUUUACUAAAGCUAAAUAAUUUGUCUGAAACUUAGGUCUUUGUGUCAGUUCUGUGGAUUAAUCUAGAAGACUAUCUGUCCUUAAAAGUUUCUGCUCUGCAAAGUGGACCGCACUGCAGACAAGAAAUCCAAGGCAAAGCGAUCUCCUUUUCAAAAUUAAUGUAGUUAUAGACAGACUUUAAGGGCAUCGAUAUUAAAGACUUCUGUCUUUACUAUUAAUGACUACAUUGUUUAUUUUUACUAAAAUUCUGUUCCUCCUCUUAAAUAUUGUGAGAACAUUUAACUACGGCUUCGGACAUUUAAAAAAAUUCUCCAAGAUUUUAUCAUAUCUUAAUCUUCAAUCAUUUUUAAAUUAAACUCUAAAAGAAAUAACACUUUAAUACUCACCCACUGGGCACUUGUAUGUUAACAUAAAUAAAUAGUCUUGAAAUAUUAUUAAUCCUAUAAUAUAUUAUCCUGUUAUUCAAGCAAGUCCAACAACUGUGACUGAAAAACAACAAACUCUAAACUCGCCCAAUGACUGCUAACUUUUGUACACGUGAGAUUUUAAAGUUCCUGGAGGGAUACUUUUGUUCAUUUUUGACAUGUUUAUGUAAAAUAAGCAUGGCAGAUCUUAAACAGUGUGGUGACUACUGAAGAUGUUUAGCUGAAUCUCAGUCUGAAAUUGCAAGCCAUGCAGUGGUACAGUCUGUCUCCAAUUUGCCUCAUUUGUUUGUUUGACACCUUAUAGUUCUUAACGUCCAUCUCAAUACAACUGCUUCGAAAUUAUUAGGAAACAAUGUUCACCUAAACUCGUGUAAAUAACCUAUUGUAUGUGCAUGGCAUAUUGUACUCCUGUUGCAUCAGAAGGGCUGCAAGGAUCAUCCUCACAUGAGCAAAUCAACAUAACCACUUACAUAUGCAUUAUAAAAGAUAAGCUGUAAAUACUGUAAAUGAUUAGUAUUAAAUUCCAUGCAAACGUUGCUAACUCUGACCAACAAAAAGUAUUUUGUUCUUUGUUUUGUUUUGUUUUUCACAGUACACAGCUCAGAAAGCAUGUGUUUAUUUGUGAUAUCCUCUGUUUUUAAUAUGAUGCACUUUUUAUCCAGGACCAGAGAUGUCUUCCACUGAGACUGACAUACACUUCUAAUCGAUCAGGCUGGAGAUUAAAACCUUCCACCUGACAAAACACCAAGAGCACAGGACCUUCUUAGGAUAAAACCUUAGAUAAACCAGAUCCUCUUUUUUUUUGUUUGAGUUGUAUUGCAGAACGAUUCUAUUAUAACUAAACUAUUUUUUUCCAUAUCCAAAGCACAAUGUUUUUAUUACUAUUAUUUAUUUCACUGGCCUAAAUUUUGGAUGCAAUAUAAAGUUUAGUAUUGAUGAGCUACAAGCUGAGACUAUCAAGAUAUCUCCUCGGUUGGGGUGGGGUAUAAUUGCACUGCUAUUGUUUAUAUGGAUGCUUUUUUUUCCUCUUUUUUUUUUUUUUGAUGCAAUAAAUGCACUCAAUGUCUGCCGUAUGUACCUCCAGCUGUGAUCCCAACAACGCUGCUGGUUUCAGACAACAGGACGAAAGCCGUCCGACAUUGUUUGAUGAUGAAAUGUGCUUGGUGUGUGUCUGUAAACGCCACACAAGAACGAGGGGGUAAAUAAAAAUGUUACAAUGACA